UUGAAGAGGGUCGGUUACGACUGUCUCAGCCUCGACUUUCCACACGAAAACUCUCAGCGAAGCACCCUCAAUAUAUCUGUACAACUUUAUAUACAAUUUAAGAAGCUUUGAGACAAAACCGAUGAUUGCAUAAACUGUCGCGAGGCACCUGUCGGACACAUCCAUGUUUUACGUCUUCAGAAUGUCUUGAGAAAGACGCUCUGAUUGUCCACCCUGCAAGCAAAGGUGUGAUGGAAGCGGCCAGUACUUCCCUCAGAGAUGACUGCCCUCCCUGGGAAGAUGUGUCUCUGUCUGCCCCUCACAGAGACGAUGGUCUACUGGUCACCCAUGUCAACCAAACACAGGACUUACUGAUGCUGAAUCCACGGUGUAAUGGGAGGUCACAGGGUCAGGCUGCGGAGUGGAAGAGCUCCUCUGAUUGGCUCCUGACCCACAGUCUCUACAGCUCCAGCCUCUCCCUAUCAACACUCCUCUCACAUGGGACCACCAAGAUCAGUGCUGAGGAGGACGGAGGCCACAGCAGACAGCUGGAGAUCACUGCUGCAGCACUCAUUCACUUUGACUUCCAGCUGUACCAGGCCAUUGAGCUGUACCAUGGCAGAAUAAGAUGGCUGAACCAAGGAAGUAUGAAGGUGUUUGGGCUGGUGAAGGGGUCCAGAGUAGGGGUCAUAGUUGACACCUCAGAUGUUAACUGCACCAAGGACAGACUGCCAGAUCUACAGAGGAACCUCCUGUGUCUGAUAGAAGAGCAGCUCAGCUGUAAGCGUCAGCUGUACCUGAUAUCCUGUGGUACUGAGACCAGCAGCCUUUGGGACGGCCCCAGAGACGUCGACACCUUCAGACUGCAGGAGGCUUGUGGCUGGGUGGAUGAGCUGGGAGCCAGGGGGGGAUGUAACCUCCUCCAGGCCCUGAAGAGAGGCCUUGGCCUGGACUGCACUCAGCUUGACUCCUUGGUCAUCGUCCUGGGCUCCAGCCCUGACCAGACCGCAGAUGCCCUCUUUGAUUAUGUAGGACAAAGCAUUUUGGGAAGGACGUUGUUGAUCCAUGUGGUGUCCUACUGUAGCAUUAGCCCUCUGACCAUUACAACUGUAAAGAGACUAGCUGAAGUUACACAGGGACGCCACCACAUCUUCUCAGCUUCCCUGGGUGUAGUAGACAGCAGUACAGAUGUGGAGCUGCUGUGGACAGAGAUCAAGGCAGCCAGAGAGCUGCUGGGACACACUGAGGCCCUGCGUCAGGGACGGCUGGGGGACAUGACUGUCACUGUGGUGGGACAGCAGAUUUCCACAGAGUUGGACAGCUUUUCACUCUCUCCUUCGCUCCCCAGACCACCCAAUCACAAUGUCCCCCUGAGCAUCAAGCCCCCAGGUGUCCCGCCCAGCUCCUCGGCUGAUUGGCUGAGGAACCAUGGACUGAAAGCUAAGAGACUGGGGCUGUACCAGGUUCUGUCUCCCAAUGCCUAUUCUCUACUGGAGGGAUUUGUUCCUAUCCUGAACAAGACUGUCAGCUCAACAGUCCAUGAGAAGGCCAUGGUGCAGUGUGAGUGGCAUGAUGGAACGGUGAAGAACGUUCAUGUGGACUUGCCCUUAAUCUACCACUACCAGAAACAGCUGAUGUCUGCAGUGUCUGUGUUGGAGAAGAGGGUGCAGUGGCUGAGCAGUGGGAGCAGGCAGAUCUGGGGGACAGUGUGUGAACAGAGGGUGGUGAUUGUGGUAGACAUGUCUAUGAUGAUCCCUGGCUUCUCUCUCCACAUCCAGCACUCCAUCAGGGUGCUACUGGAGGAGCAGUUGGCCAACAAACACAGCUUCAACAUCAUCGCGUUCGGCUCAGCUGUCAGAGCUUGGAGGGAGAGGUUGGCCCUCACCUCACCAGAGAACCUGCAGGAAGCCUGGCAGUGGGUCCAGGGUUUACAGUGUUCAGGGAGCAGGAACACCAUGGCUGCUCUGAGGCUGUCUCUGGAGGGGGACCUCAAUAGUGGGGCACCCUCCCUCUCUCCCGCUCCUCUUCUCCCUCCAUCCCCCCCUCUCACCCAGGGCCUCUACCUCUUCACCAGUGGAUUGCCUGACCAGGAAAUUGCAACGGUGUCUUCAUAUGUGUCAGAGUGCUGCAGUGGCCGGCCUCUACGUCUCCACAUCUGUCUGUUGACUGGAGAGGAGACAGAGGGACAGACAGAGGCACAGACAGGGGGUUGCCCUCCACCUCGCCAUGCCACCAGGGAGGAGACUGCGGGGGCACUGAGGGAACUGGCACAAGCUGGCAACGGACGCUUCCACUGGAUCAGUGAGACAGGCAUCCUGGAGAGCGAUGACAUAACUGCUCUGAUUGGAGAGAUGGAGAGGGCUGCUAAUUAUUGGCAGAAGAGCGCCAUGCUGGUGGACUCCUUGACCCAGAAGUCUGACUGUAGGUGCCCAGGGGAGGAUCCCUCUCCUGGGGACAAAGCUCCGGCCCAGUCCCCCCUGGCCUGGAGACGCAGAGACAGACCACUGCCCCCACCGCGACCCACAGCACUCACCCUCGCCAGGCUGCAAAUGAAGGAAGGCCGAACAAACGAGCAUUCCUCCUCUCAGAAGGCUCUCGCAUGGCAUCCCAGCAGUGCCACAUCUACUAUCCCACCGGGUGAUCAGCCUAUGACUGGUUGGGGUCCAGUAGAGACUAAAGCCAAGCAGAGGAAGCCUUCUCAGGUCACCCAGUCUGUGUUCUACCUGGAAGAUGGUAACUUGGUGACUCUGCCAAAGCAGGAAGAGAUCUUCUCGACCAAACGGUGGCUGAAGAUGUUCAGUAUUAAGAGCCAGAAGCUUGACAUCUAUAAGCUGGUGUCUGGACCUGACUGUACUCAUCAUCAGCCCCAUCAGUCCUCAGGGUUGCCAAAUACUUCCAUCUUCCCCAGUGUACACAUCACCCAUUGGCUGAAGAUGUUCAGUAUUAAGAGGCAGAAGCUUGACAUCUAUAAGCUGGUGUCUGGACCUGACUGUACUCAUCAUAAGAAGCUGGUCCCUUCGGUCCUCAAGAGAGUGUCUCCCUCCAAAUACUGCUCCAUCUUCCCCAGUGUCCACAUCAAUGGGAUGGUGAAGCACCUGCAGCUGACUCCAGGAGAGUUAAAACAGUACCUUGCUCAGACUGAGAGACUCCUGCUGCGCUACAUGCAGAGGCUGCAAUGGCUGCUCUCCGGUAGCAGGCGUGUGUUUGGGGCGGUGCUGGAGAGGGAGGUGUGUGUGCUGCUGGAUGUGUCCGGCUCCAUGGCUCCCUGCCUGGGGGAGCUGAAGACCAAGCUGGCCUCUCUCAUCUGGGAACAGCUGCAUCACAACACAGUCAGGUUCUCUCUGCUGGCGUUCUCCGAGGGGGUGAAGGUGUGGCGUCCGGCACUGCAGGAGCCUACAGAGGAGGCAUGCCGCGACGCGGUGCAGUGGGCAUAUCAGCUCAACACCCAUGGGGGAACCAACACUCUGGAGGCCCUGCAGACUGGCUGUGGGUUUGGGGACAGUGUGGGCCUGUACCUGCUGAGUGAUGGGAAGCCAGAUUCCAGCUGCAGCCUGGUGCUGAAAGAGACGGAGAGGCUGACCACAGGGAACCACAAUACUAUCCACACUGUCUCAUUCAACUGCACAGACAGCUCAGCCAAUGACUUUCUGAAGAAACUGGCUCACCAAACUGGGGGUCGGUACCACCGUUGUCAUGACAAUGUGGAUGCGCUCAGUGGGCUGUUGGAAUCGGGCCUUAGUGAUGGAGACGAACCUACCCUGCCGGCCCUCGAGGGAGAUGACUUGAGGAGACUGGCUCAGGAAAUUGACAAACUGAGACAUUUCCGGAAGCAGGCACAGGUCUUCAGGGAAAUCAUUUUGGAAAAGAAGAAUCCAGAGGAAUCAACAAGAAUCAAUCAAACAGACUAGAUUACUGUAAACCCAAGAAUUUGACUUCAAUGAUUUUAUAUACACAUUUGUAAUUUAGAUUUUCAAUGACUCAAUAUAUGAAGAAGGUGGUUGUUAUGAGAUUAAAACUGGUGUGCAUGACUUUUGUCAGAUUAACCAUAUACUGUACACAGUUCUAUUUGACCUAAUUUGGGUGUGCAGUAUGCUUUGUUCAGAUUGACAAAGCUCUGCUUUUCUUCAUUUAAAACUAGAAUGCUUAGUUGCUACAUCCAUUUUUUACUUAUAAAUGAUUUCUAUAUAUACCCAUUGAUUCUUGAAGAAUAUAAUGUACUGUAUAAAUGCCUCAUGAGCUUACUUCAACUGUCAUACCCAUCAGAAAGCUUGUUUUACUCCAAUGUUUGUAAAAAAAAAGGUGAAUGUGAACAAACACUAUACAGCCUAAAGAGGCAGGGCUGACUGCUUGGUAUUGUUUCUCUAGUUUGAAAUAAAAACACCUAAUA